UCGCUGAAGGAAAGGACUGAUGACGGCACCCUGGUAUCAGAGCAAAACACCAACCCCCACAGUCGCGACGGUCCAAACCAGUCUCAGCCAACUUCGCAGAACCCCCCAAAACGACGCCGUCUGCCGACUCAGCACAUGCUCCCUUGACUCCAUGGCUCCGCCGUUGACCACCGAUUCUCCCCUCUCUCGCCGCCUCGUCCGUUCCUUCUUGGAUUUCCUCAACUCCGUUGAACCUGGAGAUGGUGUUAAUGUUGAGGGCUUACAGAUUGCAAGGGAAUGUCUGGAAGAGGCUUUCAAGCUUAACACCUCUCCUCUUCCAGCUGGUGAGCCUGGGGUUGAACCGGAAUCGCUAGUCGAAAUGUUUAGCUCACUUGGAAAGGGCAAGGUUCCGGAGAAUGUAGCCUCUCAUGGUCAGGGGUCCGUGCCGGCUACUAGCUCAUCGGCUGGUCAGGAUGCUGCGGGUGCCAAUGUCUCAAAGGCACCGAAAUCUCUGGGUCAGGAUUUGACGGGUAAAAAACAUGAUUUAGGGGAGUCCAGAGAUGCUCUGUUCAUGCAAUUCUUUUCCGCACUUGAGAGGACUUGUUACUUUGUGCCCUUGCUUGAUGGUAGUGAUGAUCCAGUGAAAUUGGAGAAAGCAACUCAAUUUUUCUGUGACGCUUUAAAUGAGAUGGAAAAAUCUGGUUGUGAGGAAUUCAGUCCUAAAUACUUGGCGGAGACGUUGAAAACACAAGGUAACAAGGCCAUGCAAUCAAAGCUGUAUACCAAGGCCAUCGAGUUGUAUGACUGUGCUAUUGCACUUUGUGAAAAUAAUGCUGUUUACCGCUGUAACAGGGCUGCUGCUUACACUCAGAUACACAAGUAUUCUGAAGCAGUCAGAGAUUGCCUUAGAUCUAUAGAGAUUGACCCAAACUAUAGCAAGGCAUAUAGUCGUCUGGGAUUAGCUUAUUAUGCAAUAGGGAACUACCGUGAGGCUAUUGAUAAGGGAUUUAAGAAAGCCUUGCAAUUGGAUCCAAAUAAUGAAGCUGUCAAAGAAAAUAUUCGGGUGGCUGAGCUGAAAUUGAUAGAGCAGCAACAACGGUCAGGAUCGCAUCAGAACUCAAGGUCAUUUUCCUUCAGUAGCAGCCAGGGUGCAUCAUCUCCAUUUGGUUCUAUGCCAUUCAAUACAGGUUCUGGUUCUGCUGAUUUUGCAAAUAUGUUCAUGAACAUGGCUGCCAAUGCAUACCAAGGACAGCAUUCUCAAGAUAGCCCAGGUGGUGACCAUAGCAGCAAUGGUAAUGGAGUUGAUGAACCAGAAAUAAGGGUUGACAGCAUGAAUGUUAAUUUGGGAGAAUUGCCCGCAGAGCUGUCUGGAGCUUUACAAUCUGUGAUGCAAAUGUUUUCUGGGGCAGCAACCAACGGAAAUGGGCGGGACACUCCAAAUGAAGGACCAAGACCAAACUAAGUUUAUGAAAACAUGAAACUCUUUAGGAACUCUACACAUUCUCACCACCACUGUGCAUUCUAGUAGGUGGUUUUCCGUCUUCAGUGAGAAGUUUCUUUCAGUUGUAUACACAGGCAUCAACAUAGGAAUCCGGAAAGGGAGUGAAGUUCAUAGCUAACUCUAUAUAUUAGACUCGGUUAUCUAUCUAUGAAAAGUAAUUUGGUAGGAUAUUUCGCCCUGUUUUCUGUUAUUUUAGAUUGAUCGGCCGUGACCAACUAGCUUUUUGUAAAGUUGAAGACCCUUCAAGUUGGCGUAAACAUGAUGUUCACAUCAAACUGUCUAUCAAA